CCGGGGCGCGCGCUUCGCUCCUGCGUUCAGUCUCCGGUCCCGGAGUCGGGAGAGAGUCUGCGGUCCUGUGAAGGAAUCCGUGAAUGAGAACGGACGCGGAAAAGGUUGGACAUGAAACGUGAAGAAGUGAAGAAAAAGAAGAAGAAGUGGACACUAAGAUCAAGCGAGGACAUGUUCAUGGGUUUGGAAUUUGGUGAGUAACCGGUUUCUUCUUCACUCCUCUUCCAUGACAAACCGGAAAAUACCACCUCCAUUGCGUGCCAGGCGAAUGUGUGAAGGAGCGGUCCGAGUCCGAGACGCCCCUGCGCUACCUGGAGGUGCCGUGUGCGGAGCGCUUCCUCCUAAAUGAGGUCUCGCUCAAGGGCACAACAGCAGCAACGUGGUAGUGCUGGAGUUUGACCCUGGGACCUUCUGUACCGAAAUGCAAGAGAUCCAGAGAGGGCUUAAUCUACAACCUACAAUAUUGCCUCCAAGGACAAGUUUCCAACUUUAACACGCAACCACAAUGGACGUCCGUAAUUCUAUAGACUUUACCUUUACUUAGCAACAUCACUGGGUUGUUUAUCGAUAAUUGGUUCAUCGCACCAUUAGUUCCAGUCCUCAGCACUAAUACAUGAGUGAGAGGAUCUGUCCUGCACGCAUCACUACCAGCUAGUGACCAGAAAAUAGUGAUAGAAGUGCAGUUUUUUAAAGGAUGGGAGCUCCAGCAGGACCACUUCUGGGUAGCUUCAGCGCUACCACUGCCUCUGUGGACAUCAGUGGUUGGAUGACCUGGCCCGGGAACACCACCGUAAGCUUGAACCAGAGCCUGUUCUGGAGCGACCCCGGGUCUAACCUUUCCUCGACUUCGUCUUCCAAUCCAAAGAACACGAACAAAGAGAAGAACUGGCCGGCGCUGCUUAUACUCAUCAUCAUCCUGCUUACCAUCGGAGGAAACAUUCUUGUCAUCAUGGCUGUGUCGCUGGAGAAGAAGCUGCAGAACGCAACUAAUUUCUUCCUGAGGUCCUUGGCAGUGGCAGACAUGUUGGUGGGCAUCCUAGUAAUGCCCAUCUCACUCAUCAACGUCCUGUAUGACUACGAGUGGCCGCUUCCUCAUGCUCUGUGCCCGAUAUGGAUCUACCUAGAUGUGCUUUUCUCCACGGCCUCAAUCAUGCACCUGUGCGCCAUCUCUCUCGACCGCUACGUGGCUAUCUGCAACCCCAUCCAACACAGCCGCUUUAACUCGCGCACCAAAGCCAUGAUGAAAAUCGCUGCUGUCUGGACCAUCUCUAUAGGUAUUUCCACGCCUAUUCCUGUGAUCGGUCUCCGCAGCAGGGAGAAAGUCUUUGUAAAUGGCAGCUGCAUGCUGAACGAGGAGCGUUUUGUGCUGGUUGGCUCUUUUGUAGCCUUCUUCAUCCCUCUUGUCAUCAUGGUGGUCACAUACUGCUUAACCGUCCAGGCCCUUCAACGUCAAGCCUCUGUCUUCCUCUAUGAGGCUAAAGCCUCUUCCCAGCAGCCCCUGCAGCCGGCGGUCUCAUCCUCAUCCUCGUCUCAGCUGGCCCCGCCCCCGAUUCCCUCCCGCCGUAGCAGCCUGAACUGUCUGCGGAUCGGGAACUCGCUCAGCCCAGCCACACCUGACAGCAUCUCCAUGGUGGCUGGCUCGGAGGCACCGUCUCAGCUCAGCUCUCCAGCUGUAUCCCACGGCCGCCGCGGCAUGAUGCAGGCCAUCAAAAACGAGCGGCGUGCGUCCAAGGUCCUGGGUGUGGUGUUCUUCCUCUUCCUAGUCAUGUGGUGCCCGUUCUUCAUCACCAACGUGCUGUCUGUGCUGUGUCGUGACACAUGCAGUGAGAACUUGCUCUCAGACCUGCUCAAUGUGUUUGUGUGGGUGGGCUACAUCUCGUCAGGUGUGAACCCUCUAGUAUAUACUCUCUUCAAUAAGACCUACAGGCGUGCCUUCUCCAGGUACAUGCGCUGUAAGUAUGGCGGAGUCCGGCUAAGGCCCGUGGCCAUCAACGUCCCGUGCCAAUCGCAGGCCACCGUGACGCCUCUUCUAAUUUGCGUGGACGUCGAUCGGAACAGUAAUUGCCGCAACGGAGACGACAAUAAGCUGCAGAAGCUGGAGCUGCUUGACAUUGACACUCAUAUCGGAAUAGAGAUACAAACCGGAAUGUCGGCGCUGUCCGUCAACAGCUGCCAUACACUGGCAGAACGCACCAGCAGUGUUUGAUUCACUUUGACUAUGAGCUGUCUGCUGUAGCAUGGCCACCAAGAUCAUCUCUGUGUGUCUGUGUAGUAGUUUUUUUACUCAAGGAAAGAGCCGCCCCAAUGGAACCCGCACCAGCACUGGGGCUGGCUGUGACCACACUGUAGAAUGUAUGCUGGCGGAGCACAGGGGGAUCAUUUACAGCAUCAGGGACUAACCUGGUUCACAUGCUUUUGGACAAUCCAGGACACUAUGCACUGUGUGGGAAAUGAAUCUGAUUUUUUUUUUUUUAUCUAUAUGAUGAUGAUGAAGAUGAUGACGAUGAUAUGUUUAAACAGGUUCAGAUGUCUGAAUGCCAUAAAGUGUUGCAUGGCUUAAUCUAUUUUUUUUUCCUUUCCAAUAAAUUAAUACUAAACAUUGUGAAUAAGCAAUGACGCUUCCAACGAGAGAGCUCUAGCUCCCUCAUGUGGUUCUUUACAAAAAUCGCAGAUGACAUCUUAGGUGUGAGAGAAACACGGCUGGCCUACAUUUACCCGCCAGAAACUGAAGCAGGGGGUAAAUUAUCACAAAAUGAUGAAUAAAUGACUCUUGCAUCAAAAAUGUUUGCAUCAGUUAUCGGUAGGUAACAGCCUAGGACUAUCUAUGCAUAAUAAUCAAUGCAUUUUUUUCCCAGUGGAAGGAUCUGGAGUGUUUCAUUUCCUUAAACCUGAAGGAAUUAAAAAAAUAAGAAAGGCCUAAAAAAGUCCGCAGAAGGUCUCAUAACCACAAACCCACCUGUAAUUGCGCAUCCUAGACAAAUCUGUAGAAUGGAAUGCAGUUCAAAUCUUGAAGAUCAUUUCUAAUCCAAGCAUGCAUUGUGUUGGCUGUCUAAAGGUAUGGCACCAGAGCUAUGCUUCAAAACAUUUUAGAGGUUUGAGACGUGGUUUCUAUUUACAUAGAAAUGUUGAGAAAUCGCACGAAAUGUCACUCUUUCGACGGUUACGUCCUCGAUCGAUGCCGCAACAGUCGAAGAAGUGUCUCUUGAAAGUAAAUAUCCGUUAGUGGUGUUGUGAUGAAUCGCAAACACACCGAAUGCAUGAGCAGAAACACGGUGUCUGCUGUAGGGUUACGAAAUGCCACAUCUCAGACAGCUGAAAAACUGAUCUCUCAAAUCCAAACCAUGUGUUCAGAGGAGCUCUAGUUGUGUGUUGUUGUGUAAAAUGCUGUAAAUACGUGUUGUUCUGUGAGCGCGUAGACUUUUAGUACUCGGUAUAUAUUAAAGGACCUUCAUUCGAACUGCCGUUUUAUACCAAAUCCUGUGAAUGUUUGUUCGAAUCACUUCUCCUGUUGCAAUCAUUGACACAUGACCUUUUUGUGAUGCUGCUAUUUAUUUAAUAAACUCCCAUUAUCAUUUG